AUGAGUUUGUUGUGUUUGGUUGUGUUGUUGUGUCGAAUUUAGUAUUUUAAUAUCAAACGUAAAGAAUUUACACGUAAAUCAAUAUGUCUGGGCCUAUACAAGAUGUAAUUGAAGAAGAUGCUGCUGACCUACAAUUUCCUAAAGAAUUUGAAAAUGCUGAAACACUCCUUAUAUCAGAGGUGGAUAUGUUGCUAGAACAUAGAAAAGCACAAAAUGAGUCUGCUGAAGAGGAACAGGAAUUCUCAGAGGUUUUCAUGAAGACCCUCACUUACACUAAUAUGUUUAAAAAGUUUAAAAAUAAAGAAACCAUUGCAGCAGUCCGGAACCUUCUACAAUCAAAGAAGUUGCACAAAUUUGAAGUAGCAAGCCUUGCUAACUUGUGUCCAGAAACAUCAGAGGAAGCCAAAGCUCUUAUACCAUCAUUAGAAGGGAGAUUUGAAGAUGAAGAACUUAGAAUAUUGUUAGAUGAUAUUCAAACCAAAAGAAGUUUACAGUAUUGAAUAUAAUAUAUUUUAACUCAAAGUAUGUAUUCAAAAACUUAUGACCCCUUUUUUGGACUGACAGUUAUAAUGUGGAUGUGGUAAAAUAAAAAAGAUUCAUUUUAAAUCAGUCUGUAUAUUGGAUAUGUCUGUAAUACAGCAAAGAUACAUUACAGUGAAACAGGUAAACUGAUAAAAUAAUGGAAACAAAAAUAUUAAUUAGAAUUUCUUCCUUGAAACAAAACUAUAAUAAAACCAUUCUAACCAUCACUUAAAAUAGGAAGUAUAUAAUAAUGAUGUUAAUUAAUCAAUGCCUCAAAAAAUUCAAGCCUUUUGUUUUGCAUUACAUGUAAAAAACUUAAAUUAAUUUAUCUUUUCCAAUAAACCUUAACAAUUUUAGAUAACUUAAAACUCAACAAUUUGAUUAAUAUUCUUAUUUAGCUAAUUUUGUUGCCUAAACAUUAUAUUUAACAACAUGCGAAACAAAAGGCUUGCUUGGCCGCCGAAUGCAUCAUAAUAAACUUAUUUCAAUGGGCA